AUGGGACGAUGGCGUGGACGUCUUUAUGCGACUGAUCGCGCAAGAGACUUUGAUCAUGAGCGAGAUCGCCAUGUCCGUGUACGCCAGAUCUACGAAACUAUCGACCGACAACCUUUCCAAUGGGUUGUUGUCCUCGUGGCGGGAGUCGGGUUCCUGCUCGACGGGUUCUCCCUCUUUGCCGGGAAUAUCGCCCUUCCCAUGAUCUCCUAUGUCUACUGGAACCAAGAAGUCUCGACAUACCGAGUAACUUGCAUCAACAUCGUCACGCUCACCGGGACCCUUAUCGGCCAAGCAACAUUUGGCUUCCUCGCCGACAAAAAAGGUCGGAAGACAAUGUACGGGAUUGAGCUGCUCCUGCUCAUUGGUUCCACCUUGGGUGUGGUGAUGAGCUCUGAAGGCUACAACGGAAGCAUGAGCGUCUAUGGGUGGCUGAUUUGGUGGAGGCUCAUGGUCGGGAUAGGCGUGGGAGCGGACUAUCCGCUCAGCGCCGUCAUAACUGCAGAGUUUGCUCCCACAAAACACCGAGCACGUAUGAUGGCUAGCGUCUUCUUCAUGCAGCCACUUGGACAGAUCAUGGGCAACCUGAUCUCGCUGAUCGUGGUCGCCAUAUCCCGUCACUCCAACAAAGACGAUCUGCAGCGUUCCGUGGACAUUAUGUGGAGAUGGAUUAUUGGUAUCGGCGUGGUACCUGGUGUGAUUGCUUUGCUGUUUCGAUUUGCCAUCCCUGAAACCCCUAGGUUUCUACUCGAUAUUGAGGACGACCCUGUCAAAGCCGAGUUUGACGCGACCCAGUUGUUCGGAGAGACCUCCAUGAUCAACGAGCUGGAGAUUGGAACGUGGUGCGAUUCCCUUGAGGAGUCAAACUUGUCCAAUCGGUCACUCGACGAACGUUCCGAUGCCAGACCCUCGUUUACCGUGACCCCAGCGCCGCUGGCGACAUUGAAUUCAUCCUGGAAGAUAUCGAAAGCAGAUAUCAAACAGUAUUUCUGGACGGAGGGCAAUUGGCGUACCUUGAUGGCUGUGUCAGUAUGCUGGCUUCUACUGGAUUUUGGGUACUAUGGUAUUGGCCUGUCGAACCCUCAGUUUCUUGCGAAGACCUGGGGCAGUCUGCACAUUUCGAAUGCCCGACCGAUCUGGAAGACGAACGAUGACCCCGAUACCGACAUCUAUGACAUGUUCAUGGAUACAUCGGUACAGGCACUGGUCGUUUUGAAUACUGGAAGUUUUGCCGGAGGGAUCCUAUGGAUUCUUUCGGCUUCUCGGCUGAACAGGGUCUCUCUGCAGAAAUACGGCUUCUUGGCUCUCGCCGCAUUGUUUAUCGCUUUGGGGACCGAAUUCAUCGUAGUUCAGCAAGAAGGGGCUUUGGCCAUCACACUGUAUGUCAUUGGACAAUUCCUGUUCAAUUUCGGGCCUAAUUCAACAACGUACAUCAUCCCCGCUGAGCUGUUCCCAACCCGUUAUCGAUGCACCUGCCACGGUAUCGCUGCGGCCUCUGGGAAGCUAGGAUCCAUCUUGGUGCAGGUGUUUUCUUUCUACUACAAGUUCGGGUCCUCGUCACCCGGCGACAACCAGACAAAGCGCUACGGGACAAUUCUAGUGGUCUUCAGCGCAUGCAUGAUCCUGGGAGCGGCGGUCACACAUUUCUUUAUCCCUGAGGUACAGGAAAAGGCAAGGCGAGGCUCGAUUUGGUCGGGACGAAGUAAAACGCUGGAAGCACUUGCACUGGGCCGAUGGGGAGAACACAGUGAGUCGGUGAUUCGCUCCCGUCCCACGAGGAGUAUUGAUGGGCUAUGAAGUUAUGGGUGUGGCUAAUACUUUGUCCGUGUACAAAUCAUAUGGCAUGGCGAUGGCGGAGUCUUUGCGAUUUCACUUGUGAUAUGGCCCAGAUUUCAGUUUGCCAUACAACAACCUCACGUCAGGCUUUUUGGCAAAGGAAUGAAAC